AUGGCCACCCUGUCUACCACCACGCUGCUCGCCAUCCUCCUCGCCCUGCUGUACUACCUCCAUCGCCGCCUGACGGCCUCCAAGCACCUUCUCGACCAUCUCCCGUGGAUUGGCCUCAACGAGGAUGAGUGGUUUGCAAAAUCCCGUGCGCACUUGCGCGAGGCGACGAGCAGCUGGGAUCUGCUCAAGGCCGGCUACGCCAAGUGGAGCACUCAGGAAAGGACUUUUAUAAUCCCGAACCUCACUUUCCGUCCUGAAGCCAUUCUGGCCCAGUCUCACAUCUCAUGGCUCGUGAAGCAGCCGGAAGGCAUCCUGAGCACCAAGCCAGCUCAGGUGUCUCUUCUCGAGCUAGAAUGGCUAGCACCGGCCCAAAUCUACGAGCAUCCUUUUCAUGAGGAGGUGAUCCGCAAGGACCUCACUCGCCAUCUUGGUCAACUGACUCCCGCCAUUGUCGACGCCGUGAUGACCAACAUUGACCGAAUCUGGGGCGAAGAGUCAGAGUGGAGGGAAGUUAACGCCCACAAGACGCUCUCUGAAAUCAUCAUCAAAAUCUCCAACUCUAUCUUCUUGGGCGACGCCAUUGGUCCAGACGAAAAGUACGUGAAGGCAGUCACAAACUUCUCACAGGUGUUUGUUCUUUCCGCCGCCGCUAUCAAGGCACUGCUUCCGGAUAUCCUCAAACCAGUGUUGGCUCCGGCGCUUGGGUUGCCAAGCAAGUACUUCCUCAAGAAGUGCAAGGAUUUUCUCGUUCCGGUCAUCGAACAGCGUCUCGCAGCUCUCCAGCGACAGCGUGACUAUCCAGAUAUUAAGCAAGACGUACCUUCCGACUUCAUACAAUGGAUGACCCAAGCCGCCUUCUUGCACGACUCACCCGCUGAAGCCGAUGCCACACUUAUUGCCACGCGCAUCCUUCUCAUGGAAACCACCGCCAUCCAUACUAGUGCCUCUGCCAUAACGAACACUGUAAUUGACCUCGUAGCUUCCGAUCCUUCGCUAGACUAUCUCAAUGGAAUCCGUGAGCAGGCUAGUAAAGUUCUCGUCUCGACUUCAGGGCAAUGGACGCAUCUCGCUAUCCGGCAACUCACGCGUGCUGAUUCGGCCAUCCGCGAGUCACUCCGAUAUUCUGGCUUCGCGGCGCGCGGCGCCAAGCGACAAGUUACAGCUCCCGGUGGACUCACGUUGCCCGACGGGGCGUACCUCCCUUGCGGAGCGUGGCUCAGCAUCCCCGUCGCGGCCAUCCACCAUGACGAUCGCUUCUACCCCUCUCCCACCACCUAUGAUGCUUUCCGCUUCAGUGACGCGCGUGCUGACAUGCUAGAAGCAUUAAGGAUGCGCGGCGCAGGUGGACAGGCGGAGCUGUGGGAACUACUGCAGGAGAAGCGUCUGAGCCUGAGCACGACUAGUGAUGCUUUUGUGCCAUUUGGACACGGUAGACAUUCAUGCCCUGGCCGCUUCUUCGCUGCCCAGGUCCUGAAAUUAAUCCUCGCGCACAUCACCCUCAAAUACGACAUCCAGCCACUCCAGAAACGUCCGUCGAAUGUGUACAUGAGUGACUUUUGUGCACCCCCGCAAAAGGCGAUACUUACCAUUCGACGAAAGGUGAGGGGCGAAAAUGAUGCGCUUGACUGA